GGCGGCUCGGACGGCCCGGCUCGGUCUCAGCCUGUUCCAUUGGCUGCCCGCUUCCCAGAGCGGCGCGCCAUGCGGCGCGGGUUGGGGGAGACCCGGGCUGCCGGGCCUGCUUUAGCUUCGCGGGCGCCGCUUCUGGCCCAGUGGCGGCAGCUGCGAUCGGCUCAAUCGAGGCUGGCCAGCGAUGGGGUCUCCCGUUGGGGAGCCUCCUCCUGCUGAUCUGUACAGGGACACGUGGGUGCGCUACCUGGGCUAUGCCAACGAGGUUGGGGAGUCCUUCAGGGCCAUUGUGCCUGUCUCAUUGGUCUGGACAAGCUAUGGAGUGGCGACAGCCUAUGUGACAGCGGAUGCCAUUGAUAAGGGCAAGAAAGCACUGGCUGCCGAGUCCUGCGAGGAAGGUCGGACCACACGAGCAGCAGUGGCAGUAGUGGACACAUUCAUUUGGCAGGCUCUGGCUUCCGUGGUCAUUCCUGGAUUCACCAUUAACCGCAUCUGCGCAGCCUCCCUCUACCUCAUGGGCAGCAAGACCCGCUGGCCCCUUUCUGUCAGGAAAUGGGCGACUACGGCUGUAGGCCUCUCAGCAAUUCCCUUCAUCAUUAAACCCAUUGACAGGUCAGUGGAUUUUUUGAUGGACUCCAGCCUUCGCAAACUCUACAGCAGUGAAAAGAAACCCUCCUCUUCUUUCUGAUGUAGCCACCACAGCCUCAGGUGGUGAAACAGCCAUUGGAUCACCUACAUUCAGUGGCUGCUACUGUGCUGCCUAGCGUGUUUGUGGUCCCCACUUCACACAGUUGAACUUUAACUUAGUGGGAACUGGCAAAGAGUCCUACAGCACUACGCCAGCCUGGUGCUGGGAAGAGAUGGACCUCAGGCACAGAUCAUUCUUCCUGUUCUUCAUGGACCUGUGAUAAGAUGGGGAUGUGAGGAGGGGGCAGCUCCACGAGUCUGCAUGGAGUUUCAAGACAAAUGUUUUGUCUUCUUUAGGCACAAUAACCAGACAGUGGGCUGGGCUUGGUGGCAGCUCUUCCCAGCUGCAACACGCAUUAGUUCAGUGAAAGAUCUGCUACAUAUUCUGUACUGUGAAACCCUGAAAUGUGGGUGGCGAAUUGCACUAAUUGUUGAAAACUUUAGCAGAGUCAGUUUCUAUCACACUCUGCGUAUUGUUGAUUAAGGGGCAGACCACCACCACCCAGCAGCCCUUCCCAGGUGGAAGCUUCUUGUCGUUUCUUCUCUUUGACCCACCUGAAUAAUAAAAUCUUUACUUUCAAUCUGAA